AUGACUGAAAGCGAAAAAAGGUGGGAUGCUUCAUUGACAAUGAAAAGUAAUUCAACAGAUAUGGUAAUAUAUUCAGAAGAAAAGAAGGAAGUGGAAGAAUUGCUUCCUAAUAAGUUCUGGAGCUCUAUAAAUCAAGGCGUGAAUUUAAUUGUUGGCCUUUAUGAAGGUAUUCAAUCAGCAUGCACAGCUACUGGAAUACAUGAAUCGGAAAUGCUAAAUGAGAUAAAUAUAUUUGACAAUAAACUGGGAAAAGUUAAAAGAGUGGUUAAAAAUGGGGAGUUUGGUGCUAGAAUUAACUCAAAUGAGGUUUCAACAUCAAAUUCUACAAGAGUGUCAUCCAUGAUCAACUUUGGUGAUUUACUCCCAUCAUCGAGUGGUUUAACAACAAAAACCUCAAGUAUUAAUGAUUUAAGCUAUUUAUAUAGCCAUGGAGGUUUAAGAGCAGGAGAUGAAUUUUCUGAAUUUUUUCAAUCUUUAAGUAAUGAUCCAACGAUACAAUUACCGCAUAUGGAUGUUCCUGAUUUAUCAACGCAUACAAAAAUGUAUGCAUUUCGUUCUCAUAUUUCUCUUUCAAUACUUUGCUCUCAGAACAUUGAAAGGAUUAUUGAAACUAAUUUGGUUUCUGGAGAUUUUAAAUUAAAAGGUCCUGGAUUUAGAGUUGAAAAUGUAUAUGUACCAAUAAGAACUGAAAAACAAAAUAUAGAAAUUAAGUUAACAACUUUUACCAAUUUUGGUAAAAGAAUUGAUCUUGGAGUUGAUAUUCCUCUUUCUGCUAUACAUAAAAGCGGUGAAAAUUAUACUUUUUGGCUAUCACUUAGUUCCGAUAAAGAUCUGCCUUGCCAAGAAUAUAAUGACAUUUUACCAGAGGCUGUUUUUCGUCUCAAAUUAGAUAAUGAAAAUUAUAAAGCUGGAGUUAUACAGCCUAGAAUACUUGUCAAUUUAAAAAGAGUUAUGACAGGAAUUAUUGAAGAUUAUCAGAUCUCAUCUUUAAAACUGUCUGAUCAUAAUAUUUUACCUUCUUCUGGUUAUUAUUCUUCAAAUAGCCAAAAACUAACAUUAAUUUAUGUUGGAUUAUAUAAUGAUUCUUUGGAUAUGGAGAUUUCCCAAAUUUUUAAUUCAAAUUCUUCAUUUCUUUCUAAUUAUAUUAUUGAGAGAGUUAACUCUGGCGGACAUUAUAAAAUUAAUAAUAUUGAUGUUUUAAUUUCUUAUGGAGCUGGAAAGUAUUCAAAUACAUUAUUUAUCCAAGAUGAGACUUCACGUCAACCUUUAAUGGAUUACCUUAAUAAUACAAAUGAAAAUAUUGAAUGGUUAACUAGUGAACCUACUAAUGCUACAGAAAUGGUUCCACCUGAAGUUUUACCUGAUUUCUCUGGUACUCCAGCUCCUUGGGAAGUUGAAACUGAUCGUAGAAAAGCCAUGGAAUUAGCUUGUCACAGAGUUGCUUUGAGAGAACAUAUUGCUAUACAAUAUUUAAUAGAUACUGGAUGUACUAAUUUACCAAAUCCAAAAUUCUCACAAUGGCUUAAUCCUCCAUAUUUUAGAAUUGGCCCUCAAUUUGAGCCUGUUCCUAUGAGUUAUAAUUGGGGCCCAAAUUAUACUAAUAUUCAAUUAAUUCCUCUAGAACAACCUAAAAAGAUUACUUAA